AUGGGAUCCGUUCAAGUGGAACGCUUCGAUGUCUUGAUUAUCGGAGCCGGGCUGUCUGGGGUCUGCAGUAUUUACCAUCUCCGAAAGCGCUUUCCCGACUGGCGCAUUCGUGUGCUUGAAGCGGCCGAGGGUGUUGGCGGGACCUGGUACUGGAAUAGAUAUCCAGGCGCUCGAGUUGAUUCGGAGUCCUUAUCGUACGCUUUCUCCUUCGAUAAGGAGCUGAUGAAUGAAUGGCACUGGAAAGAAAGCUUUGCGCCACAAUCAGAAAUCCUGCGCUAUAUCCAACGUAUUUCAGAGAAACAUGACUUGGCCAAGGAUAUCCAGUUCCAGACUAGGAUCAAGUCCGCAUGUUGGCAAGACACCAGCCGAACAUGGCUGUUCACAGACGAGGCCGGAGCUCAGUACGAAACGACCUUCUUCGUGAGUUGUAUGGGCUUUCUCUCUGCUCCUAGUCUUCCUGGUAUUCCUGGCAUCGAAAAUUUUAGGAAUGAAGCGUUCCACACCUCACGCUGGCCAAAGAACCUCAACCUGAGCCGUGACUUCGCCGGUAAACGGGUCGGUAUUAUUGGAACAGGCGCUACGGGAAUCCAGACAACCACAGCAGUAUCCAAAGAGCCAAGUAUCCGCUCUGUGACUGUUUUUCAGAGGACACCGAAUUGGUCUGCCCCUCUUCGCAAUGAAGAGAUCUCGCUUGAUCAAAUGAAAGAGCACUGGAAGAACUACGAUGCCCUCUUUGAAUACUGUGCCGAAACACCAUCUUGUUUCAUGCACAAGGCUGACCCUCGAAAGACACUUGAGGUUUCGGAAGAGGAGCGGCUUGAAUUGUGGGAAAAGAAAUACGCUGAGCCAGGCUUUGCCAAGUGGCUGGGUGUUUUCAGCGACACGUACACCAACCGUGAGGCUAAUAAGCUAUACUCGAAUUUCAUGGCGAGCAAGAUCAGAGAACGCAUCCAUGAUCCGGAGGUGGCAGAUAGCCUGAUUCCCAAGAGUCACGGUUUUGGGACUCGCCGUGUGCCGCUGGAGAGUGGAUACUUUGAAGCUUUCAACAAACCACACGUCCGUCUGGUUGACCUGCAAAAGACGCCUGUGGAGAGGAUUACAGAGACGGGCAUCAUGACUGCAGAUGGCGAACAUCAUGAUCUGGACGUUUUGAUAUAUGCAACUGGCUUCGAUGCGAUCACCGGAGCCUUUAGUGCGAUCGAGUGGCAUGCCAAGGACGGCCGCCCUCUUCUGGGGAGCAGUGACGCGAAAGAAAGCGAUCAAGCCAUUUGGAUUGAUCACCGGCCACGUACGUACCUUGGCUUGACAGCGUGCUCAAUGCCGAAUAUGUUCAUGGUUCUUGGGCCGCAUCAGCCAUUUGGCAAUGCCCCACGGACGAUCGAGCAUGCCGUCGCUGUUGUUUCUGACCUUCUGCAAUACUGCAAGGAUAAGAACUACACUUAUGUGGAGCCAACUGUGGAAGCCGUGGAGAGCUGGACCGAACAUGUUAUCGAAUGCAGUAGGGGCCAGCUAGCAAAUGAGGUUGACAGUUGGAUGACUGGUGUCAACAAGAAUAUUCAGGGUAAGACGGCGCGCAGCGUCGCUAGAUACUCUGGACACGCUGCUGAAUACCGUCGAAGGUGUGCCGAGUGCAAGGAAGCUGGUUGGAAAGGACUGACGUUUGCAUGA